GUGCCGCUUCCGCGCAACAGAACGACGGCGCACCCCACCCAUCGUAUACGCCAUCCUCCGUUGCGGACCACCGCGCAUACAAAUCCGCGCCACUCCUCCGCCCGCGGAGCCUCCACCCUUCCGAAGUGGUUCCCGUCAACCCUUCCCCCUUCCCGGCGCCGCCGCCUCAGGCGGAAGAACUGUCGCGCGCCACAGCCGCCUCCUCCGGAGAUUCCCAGCCCUUACGACCACGAGGUGCCUUUUGAGUCGACUCAAGAGUCCCGUGGCCGUUACGACGACUCAUCGACCUCCGCCGCAGCAGCCGCCGCCUAUUACGACCCUUCGCAAUCCGCAGCCUACUACAAUUCGAGCUUCAACCCCCAAGCCUACCGCGAGCCGGACUCGUCGAGUUUUCCCGCCGCGCCCCCCGCGCAACAGCCGCCGCCGCCGGCGGCGCCGCUUCUCCCCGUCAGUUCCUCCGCCGAGUCCUCUCUCCCCGCGCAGGUUUCCGCCAUGGGCUCUGCCCGCGACUCCGCCGCCUCCGCACGGACGUCCGCCGGCCUCCCUCCGCUCCGCGAGUUCACCUACGCGGAGCUGCGCGCGGCGACGGGGGGGUUUUCGGACUUAUUGGGGGAAGGGGGGUUCGGACAGGUGUACCGCGGGCGGCUGAUGCUGCCGCAGGCCGCGGGCGGCGGCGCGAUGGGGGAGCGUGACGUGGCAGUCAAAGUGACGAAUGGCAGACAAUUUACCGAGAGAGACAUGAGGUGCUUCGAGGCUGAGGUGGCAGCCAUGUCAGCACUGAAUCAUCCCAACAUUCUGAGGCUGGAAGGCGUGGCGAUGGACAUGGAGCAGAGGCCAAUUCUCGUGUAUGAGUUCAUCUCGGGAGGCGACGUCAGAAAUCUUCUCCAGCGAGUCCGCAGGAACGAAGCACGUUUUUCGUGGAAGAAGCGUGUGAAGGUUGCACUGGGGUGUGCCGAGGCGCUAGCUGCCAUACACCAAAACAGGUUCAUUCACCGCGAUUUCAAGUCGUCAAACGUGCUUCUGCGAGAGGAUUUCACUCCAGUGUUGGCCGACUUCGGCUUGGCUCGCACCAUCGAGGACUGGAGAACACACGUGUCAACAGCAGUGGUCGGCUCGUUCGGCUACAUCGACCCAAACUAUUGGCAGACAGGCCAACUAAACCAGCAGGCCGACACAUACGCUUUCGGUGUGUUCCUAUUGGAGCUGAUUUUCGGCUAUUCCCCCCGCGAUCCAAGAUGUUGA